AUUUUCUGGUUUUGACUUAUGUUUUUAAUUUUUUUUAAAACGAAAGUUACGAAUCUAAAAAGUGCGUUUUUCUAUGUUCGUUCACAUUUUCUUUAGUCUAUUUUCAUUUAAAUUUUAGAACGAUAGCUGUGCAUACUUCUUUUCAUUUAAGAAUAAGGAACACUUGAACUUGUUACUGGAUAAGUACUUGUAGCACCGCCGAAAAAUGGAGAAGAUGGUGGAAGUCCGCGAAGACGAGGAGCAGAGUGUAAAGUUACAGGAAACCAUGGAACUGUUGGUGGCGGCGGGCUAUUUCCGAGCCCGCAUCAAGGGCUUGCAUCCUUUUGAUAAAAUCGUCGGCGGAAUGGUAUGGUGCUUGGAAGUGUGCAAUUUGGACAUCGAUAUUGAUUUGCUUUUCCAAGAAUCCUUGAGCAUUGGGCAAAAAAUAGCAUUAACCGAGAAAAUCGUGAAGGUGCUGCCGAAACUGCAGUGUCCGCAUCGUUUGGACCCGCAUCAAAUCCAGGGUCUGGAUUUCGUCCACAUUUACCCGGUGGUGCAGUGGUUAGUGAAGCGCGCUAUCGAGACGCGCGAAGAGACCGGCGAUACUAAUCGAGCAUAUGCCAUCCGUCAAUUCGAUAAGCACCACACCACACCGGAAGACACGGAACAGCGCACUAUUCAGCAGACAACUGAGCAAGCGCUGCGGAAUCUGAAUAAUGCCUACGCACCGCGCCGGCGAUAUCGACGAAAAGCCGGACAGACGCAGCCGGAUUUCGCCACUAAAGUGCAAUACACACUGCUAGAAUAUGGAAACUCGUUAACGGGGAUCAAUAGCGGAACUGCGGUAAUGGAUCAAGCUGAGGGGAAGAACAAGAGUAAAGUGGCCGGAUCUGAAGAGAAGAAAUCCACAACAGACAUUGAAAAUGAUCGCUUGCGAAAUAUGGUGGGAGAAAUGGAACAACUUGAUGAUCGAGGUCGGAAGAUCAAAGCAUCGACGAUAGGGAAUAUUGUCAGCCAGCAAGCAGAUGAAAUCAGUCAGCUGGAAGCACUCCAUGAACAGCAGAAAGCCGAACUGGAGGCAAUGGCCGCUGAGGGAAUAUUCGCUGGAUUUAAUAAACCUCAGCACAUGUCUGACUUGUUGCAGUCGCAGUUGGAAACUCUAAAAGCGAAGGAGCAGGAGUUGGCUUCUAAAAAAGAAAGCUUGGAAAAUCGUAUUGAAGAGCUGAAGAUAACCCGAAAAGAGUUGAAAGCCCAGAAGGAAACCUUGGACUCAGAAAAUGCUGACCUUGAUCAGAACACGAAUAACAUGGACACGGAGCAGUUGGAGCGCAUCGCGGAGUUGCUGGUGAGAAAAACUGCCAUUGAAGAGGAGAUAGCGACAUUCCGGACAGAGUGCAAAAAGGAAUCAGCCAGAAUGAAAACGGAAUACAGAAAGAUUAAGGAAGAGUUAGAGAAUCCCUCCCCAGAGAAAAAUCAGCUUAGCCAGGAUUUAAAAGAUCGUUUGGCCACUGAGAGGGACACGUUGCGAGAAAUUCGCCUGCGGCUAGCCAAACGUAAUCGCGAAGUUGCUCAAUUACAGCGGCGGUUGGACGAUAUCCCGUCCCAAGCAGAACUGUCACAGUAUCAGAAACGGUUCAUCGAGCUAUAUGACCAAGUGGCUGUGAGACUGCGGGAGACAAAGAAGUAUUACACAUUGUACAACACUUUAUCCGACACGAAAAUGUAUUAUGAAAAAGAAGUGCAGUUGCUGGAAUCAAUUCAUGAUAAUUUCGAAGUGGCAGUCGCAUCCGACUCAGCCAAGGAACAGUUCAUCCGACAGUUGGAGCAAAUCCUAGAUAGUCUUCGACAGACUGUUUCAAAGGCGGAAAAGCGUCGGCAGACGGAGAAGCUGAAGCGUGAUCAGCUCAAUGAUCGGUACUUGGAGCUGUUAGAAAAGCAAAGGUUGUAUCACAAACUGGUCAAAGAAUUUCAACAGGAAUGCGCACGAAAUGAAGAGCUUAUUGCUUUGGCGGAACAAUAGAGAAUAAUUUUUUCAAAUUGCAGUAGUCUGUCUUCAGCUUGGUUGCUGGACUGUUUGAUUCUGUGAUGUUUCACUGGGUGAUUUUUAUUUGAAAAGUGUUUUUUGCAGUUGUGAGUUACAACAUUCUUUUCGUUGCUAAUGUUGUGCAUUUUAUAGUAUAAAAUAAAAUCAUAUUAUUUGUUCAAAAAAGUGUUUCAUGCCAGCAGGCAAAAUUUUUCGAAUUAAGGGCAACGUACGACGGAUUUGCAUCCCGUGCACAUAAGUUCUGUGUGAUA